AUAUCCUGUUAUAUAGAAUAAUAUUUGCUUUAGUUAAAUCCAUAUAAAAAAGCAACGAUCGGUAAAAAAUAAAAUUAGUAGCAAACCGCACCCGCUUUCUGCGCACAAUCAAUAGUGCAUUUCGUUUCUGUCAAAUGGAUAAUGGCAGCAACAAUGAUUGAUACGAUGGCGCAAACUAAUGCUUUCCAAUCGAAAAAGAAAGAAGAUCCGGAAAAUAAAGACAAUUUGUGGUCCUCUAUUCUGGCAGAAGUACAGAACAGCGGGAACAACAAACUGCCAUCUAACAAGAAUGUCCUUGUCUUGGGUGAUAACGAGAGUGGAAAAACAACUCUUAUCGCCAAAUUGCAAGGAGUGGAAGAUCCUAAAAAAGGCUCCGGUUUAGAAUUUGCGUACAUUGAUGUAAGAGACGAUUACAGAGAUGAUCAAACAAGAUUAUCUGUGUGGGUUUUGGAUGGCGAUCCAGGUCACGCUAAUCUGUUGAGAUUUGCAUUAAAUGCUGCAAGAUUUCCACAUACGCUUGUAAUGCUAGUAGCUGCAAUGACCACGCCGUGGGCUAUUUUAGAUCAAUUACAAGCAUGGGCUGCUUUAUUAGCUGAUCAUGUUGAUAAAUUGGGCAUUGAUAAUGACACCUGGCAACGGCUCAGGCAACAAAACAUUAAAAAAUGGCAAGAGUAUACCGAACCUGGUGACGAACUAGAUCCAGGAAGUCCUUUGAGACGUACCAGUCGUAAUCUCGACGAUGAAACAACUGAACAUAUACCUUUACCUGAAAGAGUACUUAUGACCAAUCUAGGCUUAGACAUUGUCGUGGUUAUAACUAAAACUGAUUAUAUGUCUACCCUUGAAAAGGAACACGAUUAUAAAGACGAAGAUUUUGAUUUUAUGCAACAAUGGAUUAGGCGGUUCUGUUUGCAAUAUGGUGCAGGUCUUUUCUAUACAUCAGUAAAAGAAGAUAAAAAUUGUGAUCUAUUGUAUAAAUAUCUUACACAUAGAAUUUAUUCGUUACCUUUCAGAACGCCUGCUUUAGUUGUAGAAAAGGAUGCAGUUCUUAUUCCUUCUGGUUGGGAUAAUAUGAAAAAGAUUAGCAUCCUUCAUGAAAAUUUACAAUCGAUGAAACCAAAUGAUUAUUAUCGUGAUAUUAUUACGCAACCUGUGACAAAUAGAAAAUGUUUGAUAAGAGAAGUGGAAGUUCAAGCAGAAGAUGAACAAGCGUUUUUAGCAAGACAGCAAGCUACGGCAUCAGGUUUGAAAGAUCCAACACGUUCACCUACAACAAGGAACCAGGCAAGCCUCGGCCCAGUUAUACAGGUAGCAUCGCCAAACAAGAAAUUGGAUUCCAAAGGUACCGGUACCACUGCUGCUGGGGAAGGCGUAUUAGCUAGCUUCUUCAACUCUUUACUUUACAAAAAGACUGCUGCGCUUCCAGGUGUUCCAGGAUCACCGGGAAGUAUAGGUGCAAGUCCUGUUAAGCUUGAUAGUACACCAGUAGAUAAAGCAACAAUGUGCAAUGACGCUGCAGCUGAAUUAGAUCGUCUAACGCAAACUAAAAAAUUGUCUCCGCCUAACUCGAAUUCAUCGUCCGAAUGUUAAAUGAAUAAUUGAUAUUUUUUAUAUUUUUCUUUUUUUUUUUGCGACCCAUUAAAAUAUCAAUCCGUAAUAUAUCUAUUUUCAUUCUAAUCAAAAGAUCAAUAUUUGUGCGCGAGUAUGCUUGACUUAUCCAUUGCAAGCAUCUUAAUUCUGUAUAUGUAUAUAUCGUGACAAUCGGUAUUAUUUUAUUUAUUUUUUCUAUUUAUGUUUAAGAUUGCAUAAUAAUCGACCGACUGUAGCAGAUCUUUUUAAUUAUAUUUCACUAAUUUUAGAAAAAACAAUUACGAUUAGCUAGUUGGAAAAAUAUACUCUUAUAAUUAAAUCAUUUAUGUUACAAUGAAUAAUUUAAAUUUAAAAUAAUAUAAUUAUUUUAAAUCUCAUAAUCGAAUAUAGCACAAAAUACUACUUUAUAGUAAUUUAAGCGUAAUCAAUUAUUAUUUUAGAGCUUACAUAAUAAAAAUCAAA